UUUUUCCAUUAAAUUAAUUAUUCUUAAUUAAUUCACUCAUAAUACAUUUACAAGUAUCAUUAUCACUAAUUUUCAUUUGUCAUGUUAAAAACUGAUUUUACAUCUCUCCCACUAUAUCAUUACUUGCUCUGUUUCACGUAACGGCACUCUCUGGAUGGCAAAAAAUUGGAGACUAUUUUCUCAAUAUUUGGCGACAAUUCUGGCAAUAAUCUUUAGUAACGAUGUCCUGUGAACCUCCAGUUCUCAUCAUUUCAGAAGAUGAUGUUUGGGAAAUUGACUCAACCACGUAUGCGGACUGUGGGCACUUUGUGGACUGGGACCAAUUCCCCUCCUUCACAGAGGAAAGGAGGAGCCCUUCCCCUCAAGAGCUGCCCCACAGUCACAAAGAGCUCAAGAGAAUGGCUAGAGAAGGCCAUUGGGCCAAAAGGAAAAACCUGAGAGCUGAGGCCUACAAUAACAUCAUCAAAAACAUCGGCUGCCGCUCAGGGACACCAGAUGCCAGUGUCUAUCAUGAUGUGUCUGAACGGCUGUUUGGAAGAAGAGGGAUACUGGAUCACCCCUUGCCAGAUUUUUUGGAUGGUUGUCUUCCCCCUGCCUAUUGCCUCAAUGCUCGAGGGGAAACAGCGGUUAAAAAAGUUCUUAUAUGUAUUGGAAACCAGUAUCCUGAUAUCACCUAUUCACCCUCCUUGCCUUCCGUGGUGGCCCUUUUGUUGCAUUUCAGUGAAGAUGAGGCCGAGUGCUUUGAGAGGGCCUGCCGGCUCAUCUCGUGUAUAGAAAACCACAAGUGUUAUGUUGACCAAAGCUUUCUGGCCUAUGAGGCGUCAUGUAUGACCUUUGGGGACCUAGCAAAAAAGUACUGUCAAGCUGGCCACAAGCUUAUUACCACCAGCUGUGAGAACUCUUCUGAGAUCUUCUCUGACUGGAUCAUGUGGAUCUUUGGAGAUCUGCCCUUCGAGUACACCAUUCGAAUAUUUGACAUCUUUCUUCUUGAGGGUAAUAAGGUUCUGUACCGGGUUGCAUUAGCGCUGCUGAAACAUUACAGGAGCCAUGUGGACCAUGAGGUUACAGAUGUACGUACAGAUAUUCAAGACUUUGUAAAAAACAUCUCCCACCAUUUGUCAGUGCAAAAGCUUUUGGAGAAGGCAUUCAGCAUUAGGCUUUUCUCACACAAGGAGAUUUGGCUUCUGCAGCUGGCCAACAGGAAGGCCCUGUCCCAGAGAGGAAUCACUGUAAUGCAGCCCAGGCAGCCUGCUCACAUGGCCAUAAACUUGCUUGAGUUUAAUUCUGUUAUUGUCACGGCCCAGGAGAUGAGGGUCAUUUGGUCCUGGAUCCCAGAAAGGUUCUCUCUGUACCCGCCAGUUCUGCUCUUCUCCACCAUGGAGCAUGGAUACAGCCUUCAGAGGUUUUAUACUCACUGCGAAGGCUUCGAGCCCACGGUCCUACUCAUCAAGACAACAGGAGAAGAGGUCUGUGGAUCCUUUCUCUCUUCGGACUGGAACGAAAGGAGAAAAUGUUCUGGACAGGUGGCAACAUAUUUUGGGACAGGAGAAUGUUUCGUAUUUAGUGUGAGACCAGAGAUGGAGAGACAUGAGUGGGUGGUGGUGAAGAAGCCGGAAUUGGUGAAGUCAGCCCCUCCAUCACCCUGCUCCCGACCCCGCUCUUACUCUAAUGGAUCCCGUGUCUCUACAUCUCCACUGCGUCCAUCAACCCCAACCCUUUCUUCUGCACCCAGCAGCCCAUCGCUCUUUCCUAAUUACCUGACAGUCCCAGGAGAUGGCUCAUGUGGACGGCUGUCUCCCUUCCUGUCUGUCAGGCACUUUCAGCUACCAACUAAAACUGCCUCCAUGUUUAUGUCUGGGAACAACAGUGGUAUUAUAAUUGGUGGUGGAGGCGGCCAAGCUCUGAAUAUCGAUGCUAACCUGAAUAUUGGAAGGACAGAGCACUGUGAGACAUUCGACAACCCCCCUCUCUGCGAGGAGAACUUCCACAUUCAGCACUUAGAGGUUUGGGGGUGCCAGAAUUCCUGAUCCAGCUCUCGGAAACAAUAUGGAGCACAACAGUAUCAUUCCAACCAGGAAUCUCUAGGGCAGUGGUACCCAAACUGUGGGAUUGCUCUCCCCCCCCCGGGAAACUGGCUUUGUUGGGGCCGGGGGCCCCGUCUAAAGCCCAGCAUUAUGGUGAGAGUAUGAUUUUGGGGUGACCACUAGGGUGCUGCCCAAGAUAUCCUUGGUAUUGUGCUCAAAUGGCUGAUACAGUGAUAUAAUUUACCUUGUUUAAAACUAAAGAGGGCCCCAUGGAUCUCACAGAGGGGUAUAACCUAAAAAGUCUGGAAACCACUGCCUUUGGGGAUAUUUGUGUGGAUAUAUAUGGGACAUAUAAUCUGCGACCAUUUGGACUGUACAGUUUAUAUUACAGCAGAGCCCAGAGCUGCAGUCAUAUUCCCCUUUGUAUCCUAUAGAUACACCUCUAAGCCUCCAAAAGGGGCAGAAAGCUAAUUUCAUGCCCAUGUGAGAUCUCAAUGCAUUGCUGAACUAAACUCCCCAGUGCCCCCUGUGGUACAGCAUGCUGAGAAUUGCAGUUCUGCUGAGAAAACCACCUUUUUCGACCGAAUAUGUAAUUUAACAUCAUUUAUUGCUGUCUUCCCAUCAUCGCGCAGCCUUCAAUAUAAUUGUAGCACUUUUACCCCUCCCAGCAUUAUCACAGCACCAUUAAAAAUGACUGAGCAUGAGUUAGCCACACCCAUAGAUCUAACAUUAAAGGCACACCUAUACAAUGUUGGCUUCAUCUUUUAUGUAUAAAAACUUGCUGUGUGCCAGGGGAAACCGCAGAUCAUUAUUAUGAGUCGCACCUGCCAGUGAUUAUUAGUACUAGAAUAUGUGCACAUGUAUGCCUUUUAUUACAUAAUCAAUAAUAAGCUUCCACGUCAGAUAAACAAAGUCCGGCCUUGAGCCAACUCCUCUAUGGAGCAAGGUAGGGGGCCUUUAAUAAAAAAGCUUGCUGUAUCACUGGCUGAGCAGAGAGGGAGAGAGGGUAUCAGACAAUUGGGUGUGGUUCAACUGGAACCUGCUGUAUCACAUCUGUAGAAUGACUUACUGCGUUACGGUAUUCUGAGCUGCUUUAAUUAAUUUGCUUUUCUAUUAUUCCUUUGAUAUUGUUUGGCUUAUUAGAGAGUGUUAAUGAAGAUGAAAAAUAAAGUUUAAUGAGUG